AUGGAAAAAUGCCGAUCCAAGAACCCCACUCCAGGUUUCGGUGCCUUGCUCAAGGAGGUGUGGGAGCUGUCCUCAGGUGAGCUGCUCCUGUCCGUCCUGUUUGACGUGGAGAUCAUGUCUGUGACCUUUGACCCCUGCGAGUACUUCCUGUUCUGUGGAGGCAGCGAUGGAAACAUUUUCCAGGUGUCUCUGUGCAGCCAGAGUCUCAGUCAGGAUAAAGCGUUCCAGUCCGACAGCGAAGGGAACCAGGUCUUCAAAGGACACAGGAACUUGGUGACGUGUCUCUCGGUGUCGAUGGACGGGACGCUCCUCCUCUCCGGGUCACAUGAUGAAACUGUCCGACUGUGGGACAUUCAGAGCAAACAGAGCAUCCGGUGCCUCGCCCACAAAGGUCCAGUGACGAACGCCGUCAUCAUGGCAGCUCCGGCUAACAUGUUCCUGCCCGACAGUCGGCCCGCCGUCCCUCUGCCACGCUUCAGCCGACACCUGCAUGCCUCCGAGGGCGGAGAGUCCGGAGAGGUGUGUGUCCGACUUGGACGCUACACACAGGAGGAGGAGGAGACUUACCUGCAGAAAGCUGAUAGGCUGAACUCUCUGAUGAAUGCUGUGACCGACAAGUCCGUGUUUGGUGACGGCGAGAACACGAAGGUUCGAGUUGCUGAGCUUGAAGAGGAAGUUCAGACUCUGAAGAAGGUCAACAAAGAUCUGUAUGACUUCUCCAGUCAGCUGCUCACCAAACCCACAUAAACACACACACACACACACACAUGCACAGAUGUACACACACACACACACACGCACAGAUGUACACAUAUAUUUGAACACUCUGUGAUGGUUUACGUUGUCAGAAAAUAAAGGACUUUUGUUUUGGUAGUA